UAUUAUAGCUUCUUUAUCUUCCUCGUAUUCGCAUAGACACAAUGUCUCAAGAACCUCUUUUGGUGGUUGAUAUACCAGCAAGUGAAAGCAAAUUCCACAUACGCGAUUUGACCAAAGUAUCGGAUUCCGGAGCUCCCAUUCUCAAUGGGAUCAACAUGGACAUACCAAAGGGUAUGAUCGUAGGGAUCAUAGGCCCCAGUGGCAGUGGCAAAUCAACGGUCUUGAGAGCACUCAAUCGUUUGUGGGAGCCACUUUCUGGUACUGUGUUUCUUGAUGGUCGUGAUAUUCUUGAUCUUGAUGUUCUGAAUCUUCGUCGUAAAGUUGGCAUGCUUUUCCAAACUCCGGUUCUAUUUGAAGGAACAAUUGCUGAUAAUAUUCGUUAUGGACCACAACUGAGAGGAAAAAAGAUAAGUGACAAUGAGGUUUACAAGUUGCUCUCUCUUGCAGACCUUGAUUCCUCUUUCUUCAAUAAAACCAGUGGUGAAAUAUCAGUUGGCCAAGCUCAACGAGUUGCACUUGCUCGCACACUAGCCAAUGAACCAGAGGUUUUGCUGCUCGAUGAGCCAACCAGUGCCUUGGACCCAAUAGCAACUCAAAAUAUAGAGGAUGUGUUAGUGAAACUGAAGCAGAAACAAGAAAUGACAAUCGUAAUGGUUUCUCACAGCAUCAAACAAAUCCAGAGGAUUGCUGAUAUAGUUUGUCUUCUUGUCAAUGGUGUGAUUGUUGAAGUUUUAAAACCUGAUAUGCUCUCUGAAGCCAAGCAUCCUAUGGCACUAAGGUUUCUUGAACUCAGCGCUUAGGAGCUCACAUUCCCUUGUGCAAUCUGUUUGUACUUGGCCUUGCGUUUUUCA